AUGGCGACUGCGGCUUCGCCCUUCUCUCCCGUCGCUCAGCCACAUCGCGGCCACCCGGACCCUGGUGUCGAGGAUUUCGACCUGGAUCUGAUCUCAGGGCUCUGGCUGGAGGCUCCCUUCGUCAGGUUGCCGCCAGACGCACCGCCCGAGCUUCACGACUACGUCACAGACAUCCAUGAUCCCCGGCGUGUUUAUGCUAUCCAUCGCGCAAGCCGUCGGCAUGGUUUCCAGUCGUUGGUCAACAGGUACAUCUUCCAGCUUCGCCAUGGCUGCGGGUCACCGCAGUGCUCAACCUCGACUUGCUUUACAUGUCGCAAACGAUUGGCCGGGAAGGCUCCAAUUCGACGAUAUAACCCCUCGAGCGCGAGAAUAUUAGCCGUUCAUCUUGCCAGCCAAGAAAAUCCCGAAGAUGGGCUGUGCCCAUACUUUCAACAGCACAAAGAGACGUCGGAAACGAUGCUGAAAGGUCUCAUAUUCCAACCCGCCAAUCGACCUGGCAGACUUGCUCUUGAGGUCAGACGCCCGGAGAUCCAAUCGCACUCAACUCCCUCGAAAUCAAGCCAGCGUCUUUCGACCCGAAAUGGCGGGCAAAAAACUCCACGCUCUCCGCCGAGUACGAAAUCGCCGCGAAAUGGAAACCAGAUCAGAUCCGACAGCGAAGAUGAAGGCCGACGCUCCAAACCUCCCUUGUCCGAUGAACACUUUUCACCACCAAGGACUGACUGCAAGGUCCGAGAGCGACCGGCGAGUAAAGACCACCGUUCUUUUGCUGCUAACGUGUUUGGAACUGUUGCUUUCCGGAUGCUCGAAUGGUUAACUCCGCAAGGCCACGCCGCAAUCGCGAAGAAGCUUGAUUUUACCGAGAUGGAUCACCCCAUUGUCCUAGGAGCAGAGUCAAGCAGGGAUGGCUCAAGCGCAGCGUCACCCAAAACCGAAACCUCAAGAACCCCAAGCUUUCUCAGUGGCGAUCCACCAGAGAGAUUAGGACCCGUUGAGCCACUGUCUCCAUCACCAAAGGAUCCUGUGAAAUCUCGACACAGUUCUGAGGCUACAUUUCGAACGCCUCAAUCAUCGUCGAGGCCACGGAGGAGAAAGUCGCUAGAGCCGCCGACACCGACUCCCACGAUGGACGAGCCUAGAUCACCAACGAAAUCCCCAAGGAUAUCUGCAUUCCAGCCAGAUAAGCUCGCCUGGCCCCCAAAGUCGAAUUCUACGGCGGGGGUCACCAGGAGUAUUCCUGAUAUUCCCCUCAAGCCUGUGUUUUUCGAUAAUAUUGCGCCUCCUGCAACCUCUCCCAGACUUCAACCACCUGAGAGUCCCCGAAGUCACUCUUCGGAUAGCCAGCCAAUACCUACGUCGGAAUGUCAGAUCAAAACCGGAAUCAAUGCGCAGAGCCAAAGGCUGGAGGUAGCGGAACUGAAACCCGAGCUUUCGGAUUCUGAAAUGUCCGACUCUGAGAUUGAAUGCCCCUUACCUCAAUCUUUGACGCACCUGACCGCUAGAGUCAUCGACUUUAUUUGUGAUGUGUUUGAUGAAGACAGCACUUCUGAGAGAGCUAUUCCCUAUGGUCUUGAGUCGACAGAGGUUGUUCCUCAACCCCAGAGAAAGUAUAUUCGCCUAGAGAGAACGCAGUGGCCCCGCGAACCUAUUCCUAAGCGACAAUGGAAAGCCUUCAAUGAGCAGACUCUCUUCCAUGUUCUCAGCAAUCCGGAGUCUCUUAUCCAGUCUUUUACAGUCGACGGCAUAUUGCUGGACUCGCAGACGCUCUUUCAUUGUAUGCUUCGUUUGACUCGAGCAGCGCCCAACCUCGUAUUUCACAGUCUCUGGAUCGCAGCUGGAAGCCUCUUUUUACCUCCAAAGUCCGUACGGAGUGCUAGACUCCAGAAAGCCAACGUUACAGGAACCCGCCAGAGGACUCUCUCAGAACUAGAAGCUGGAUGCAUCUUGUCAAUUUGCUUGCAUGCUUUAAUUGCAAGUGUUCCUUUCUGUUCAGACACAAGGCAACUAGCCGAAAUGUGGCGAAUCCGAUCACGGGGGCUUGCCUCGAGUGCACUGUAUGAUUCCUCAGAACUACCAUACUGGUUUCGAGAGGACUUCGAUGAUGCUUUCUCGAACAGUCUUGCAAUCAGGCUAGCCCGGCGUUUGUGUGGAGCUGUCGAAGUGUGGCAUCACUUUGCUGCGGCAGUGGGGAGUAUGAAGGGGGAACCCAAUAAAACCAAGAGCAAAAUUGACAUACUGAAGCCAUUUCUACACCAGAUUGGCUUAUCCGGCCUCGAUUCGGCACCCGUCUUGGAGUUUCCAGUCGCAGAGCGUCUGACACACAAAAAACGAGUGCAAAGUCUUGCCUUGGAUUGGGCGAAGACAGUUUUGCUCGAUGACUGGGAUGGAAACCCAAAUUUUGCAGCCAAUAGCCCCAGUUCUGGGGCGCUGUCCUUCAUUGGCUCGAUGCAUAAACGACGAGAGCUUCUCCCUCUUUGUGAAUCCCGAUACCGCUUCGACUAUCUCUCAGAAAGACUUGACUCGAUGGACGUCCCCAUCAAAUGGGCCAAAUCCGAGUACGACCAGAACACCAGACAUUUACUGGAUUAUCCUUUCUUGUUCACUCCAGAGACCCUUGUUUCUUUCUUCCGGUCUAUCAACUUCUCCAGGAUGAACCGAGCGUAUGAGGAAUCCAGCUCGCUCAAGACUCGGAUGAGUGUAAUUGUUGACCCAGGAAGCCUCAUCACAAACCCACACCACAAGACCGUGCUUCAGGAUAUGCUCAAGACUGCAUCGUCCAAAUACUUAGUCCUCUCUGUCGAUCGGAAACAUGUCCUGAGAGAUGCGUUCGACCAAUUAUGGCGGAGGGAACCUCGAGAACUUCUUCGACCUCUGAAGGUGCGCCUUGGAGAAGACGGAGGGGAAGAAGGCUUCGAUUCGGGCGGUGUCCAACAGGAAUUUUUCCGCAUGGCUAUCGGUGAAUUCCUGGAACCAGUGUACGGCGCAUUUACUACUGACGACCGGACAAGGAUGUCGUGGUUUGCCCCCGGCUCAGUGGUGGAGACCUGGAAAUUCGAGCUCUUCGGCCUGCUAGUCUCGCUUGCCGUCUUCAACGGGUUGACUUUACCAGUGACCUUCCCCAAGGCUCUUUAUCGGAAGUUGCUGGGCUGGCCUGUAACGGAACUUGCUCACAUUGAGGAUGGCUGGCCAGAUCUCACCAGCGGACUAACAACUCUUCAGGACUGGGAUGAAAGAGACGGAGCUGUCGAAGAUAUCUUUGCUAGAACAUACGAGUUUUCCGUUGCUACAUACGGAAGCCAUUUCAGUCGGGAUAUGACUCAAGGGGACUCUCCAUGGCCACAAACUGGACAAUCUUCACCUGAUUCGCCUACCGAGGCAGGUGAAGAGGCGCCGCUUGUCACCGGAAGCAACCGUCAUGAGUACGUGAAUGACUACAUUCGGUACCUGACGAGCGUCUCCGUUGGGCCACAGUUUGGCGCAUUUCAGAGAGGCUUUCGCUCGUGCCUAGAUGCGAAAUCAUUGACGCUCUUGACACCCCCAAUUCUGCAGUCUCUCGUUGAAGGCGUUCAAGAUAUCAAUAUUUCGGAGUUGCGAGAGUACACGCGAUAUGUCGGCUGGAACGCAUCGCAUCGCACAAUUAAAGAUUUCUGGUCGAUUGUCAAGCGCUAUGAUGACAACAUGAAGCGUCGGCUACUCGAAUUUGUUACCGCAUCCGACAGAGUUCCCGUUGGUGGCAUGCGUAAUUUACAAUUUGUGGUACAAAAAAAUGGUGAGGAAGAGGGCGAGGGCGGCCACUUGCCCACGGCAUAUACAUGCUAUGGAACACUUUUGUUGCCCGAAUACAGGGACAAGGAGGUGCUUCGGGAGCGCCUUGGAAUGGCGCUACAAAAUUCUCAAGGGUUUGGGUUUGCAUAG